UUCAUUUAUCAUUCAUCUCUGUGUCGCUCCACCCAGUGCAUCUCUGGGCUACACAUAUAUUUUUCUGUAGUGGAAGAAAAUCAGUAAAAUGAAGGAAUUGAUAGUUUCUUCCGUGAUUAUAACAGUGAUUAUUUUCACUUGUGAAGCUCAAGCGAAGAUCCAAGAAAAAAAAGGAACCAUGCGAAUCGAGUUGAUACGACAGAAAUCCCCCAGAGAACAAUAUAUGAAUGCUCCAAACCUGAAGGCUUUCGGAAUCGACUACGGAUUUUUGGAUGAUUAUGGAAUGAACAGAACCAAUGAUUCGAUUGCACUUUAUAGAUACCUCGACAAUGAAUUUUAUGGAAAAAUUGUUAUUGGCCAUCCUGGACAAAUAAUGAACGUGGCGUUCGACACUGCAUGGAGCUUAACAUGGGUGCUUUCAAAGAAGUGUCAAACCUACACAACAUAUGGAUGUUGGUUCCAUAACUUGUACAAUCAUGACAGAUCGUCCUACUAUAAAAAAGAUGGAAAACCUUAUGUUGGAGAUGAAGGCAUAUUUAAUUUUACAGGAUUUUACUCGUAUGAAAAUAUUUCGAUGGCUCAUUCGAACGUGACUGCAUUCUCGUUCGUUGAAAUGGUUGGUGUACCAAGUUCUAUGGCGUUCUCCAAAGCAGAUGGAGUUCUAGGUCUAGGAUUAAAAGAUGGCGAUUACGAACCAUUUUUCUAUGCCUUGUAUAGACAGAAGAAAAUAAGAGAUCCUAUAUUUUCCAUAUACCUGAACAGAGAUCGACAGUCAAACAAAGGAGGAAAUAUUAUGUUGGGCUUUUAUGACCCCAAACAUGUUCACCAAACCAGUUAUCCCAAUGGCAGCGUUAUUCCUGAUACGAUUAAAUUUCUCCAAGUGGACGCAGGCGCAGAUUGGCAAUUUUCUCUCGACAGCAUCCUCAUCACAAUGGAUCAAAAGAAGACUCUAACUUUAUGCCCUAAUGGUUGCAAGGCCAUAUCUGAUACUAGUUCGAAUCAAAUAAUAGGACCAGUAGAAGAUAUCAAUAAGAUAAACGAUCUGUUGAAUGCUAAGAAAAUUUUUGGCAGAUGGACGGUUGAAUGUGACACUAUUAUGAAACUGCCAAAAAUUGACUUCGUAUUAGGAGGUCAGAACUUCCGAUUAGAAGGUCCUCAAUAUACAACGAAGAUGUCGUAUAUGGGUAUUACCGUAUGCUUUUCGGCAUUUGUUCCCACAACUGCUUCGUCCACUGAAGGUCUGUGGGUUCUUGGAGGUGCAUUUUUGUCCCAAUACUACAGUAUCUACAACAUUGAAGAUAAGACUAUAGGAUUUGUCAGGGCUGCUUGAACUUACGUUUGAUCUAAUAUGCUUCAUGAGUUUAUUGUUGAUUAAAAAUAUGCCUAUCAAUAAAGAAGCUCAUUGAUAAUAUAAACCGAUGAAAUAAUGAUAUGUUAAUUUUUUGUCAUGAUGAAUAAAUAUAUAAGCUUCUUAUCUUU